AUGGCAUCCAAAAAUGUAAUGUCCCGAUUGUUGGUGCUUUCGUCGGUUGGUUUCGGUGGCUAUCUAACUGGAACGUACCUCGAACGAAGGAAACUGAUCAGGCCUGCUGAUUAUGUAAACACCGGCAAGGUGGAGGAACUGUUCUGCUCCAAACCGGGACUGCCCAUCUUCGGAACCGUGUCCGCAGCCACUCCUAUCCCUGCUGAAAGUCCGUCAUCGGCCCUGGUAAACGUGAGCCGUGUUGGUCAGAUCAUGAAGUUUGGCUUUCCCGGUUUGGAUAAUGUGCGUUCGUUCGACGAUUAUGUGCUUUCGUACGAUAGAAGGACACGUGUUGCCCAUUGGGUGUUUGAACAUCUAACACCCCGGUCAGUGCAGCACAAUGAUGCAGUAGAUCGGGCAAAAAGCGAUUUUAAAGCGGAUGAAAGUAUUCACCCGUUCUUCCGCUCGUUAAACACCGAUUAUAAAGGAUCUGGGUUCGAUCGUGGUCAUCUAGCGGCGGCAGGAAACCAUCGGAUGGAGCAAAAGCAUUGCGAUCAGACGUUCUUCUUGACAAAUAUGGCACCGCAGGUCGGUGUGGGAUUCAAUCGUGAUAAAUGGAAUCAUCUGGAGCGUUACGUGAGAAAGCUGACAAAACAUUUUCCAAACGUGUACUGCUGUACCGGACCACUGUAUUUGCCCCGAAGGGAAGAUGAUGGCAAACUGUACGUAAAGUACCAGGUGAUCGGAUCGAACAAUGUAGCCGUGCCAACACAUUUCUAUAAGGUCAUUGUAAUGGAAACGACCGAUGGUCGGUUGGAGAUGGAAUCUUACGUACUGCCAAACCAAAAGAUAGACGACGCGACACCAUUGACCAUGUAUCAGGUUCCACCGGAGACGGUUGAACGGGCAGCUGGAUUGUUGUUUUUCGACAAGAUUGCGAGAAACAAGCUGGCGAAGAUAAAUGGCAAGAAAGUGUGAAAGGAAGACAAAGAGAAAGU